CGCUGUAGCUUUGUUGGACUUCAGCUUCGCUGUCUGCACUACCCUGUAUACGCCGUGUGGAAACCAAAAGACUGUAGCUGAAGAUACAUAUUUAAGCUGUUUACUGUUCAACGUUCCAGGGACUCCGGCGAACGCUGUCGUUAUAUUCAAUUUAGUUGCCCUGUUAGCCAAGUUGACAAAAUGUUGACUGCCGCAACAUGCGUUUCAAGGACUCUCCCGACAAGGAACAUUGCAAGAAAUGUGUCCUCUAUCGUUAAACAGGUAUGUUGGACAGGCGGUUUUACACCAAAUGCUCUCAGAGCUCUAUCCCGAAGAGACUAUGCGUCGGAGGCCAUCAAGGGCGCAGUAAUUGGAAUUGACCUGGGAACCACAAACUCAUGUGUUGCUGUCAUGGAGGGGAAGCAGGCCAAGGUGUUGGAGAAUGCAGAAGGAGCCAGAACGACUCCUUCUGUCGUGGCUUUCACAGCGGAGGGGGAGCGCCUGGUGGGCAUGCCCGCUAAACGCCAGUCGGUCACGAACCCUCAAAACACGCUGUAUGCCACAAAGAGACUGAUUGGACGUCGCUACGAUGAUGCCGAGGUCCAGAAGGACCUAAAGAACGUUCCCUUCAAGAUUGUGCGUGCAUCAAACGGUGACGCGUGGGUUGAGGUUCAUGGGAAAAUGUACUCUCCAAGCCAGGCUGGAGCCUUCGUCCUGAUCAAGAUGAAGGAGACAGCAGAGAACUACUUGGGAACCAAAGUGAAGAAUGCUGUGGUCACGGUACCAGCUUACUUUAACGACUCCCAGAGACAGGCGACCAAAGAUGCCGGUCAGAUCGCUGGUCUGAACGUCCUGCGCGUAAUCAACGAGCCAACAGCCGCUGCUCUGGCCUACGGCCUGGACAAAACCCAGGAUAAAAUUAUUGCUGUGUAUGAUCUGGGUGGAGGUACGUUUGAUAUCUCAGUCCUGGAGAUCCAGAAGGGAGUUUUUGAGGUGAAGUCCACCAACGGUGACACUUUCCUGGGGGGAGAGGACUUUGACCAACACCUACUCCAACAUAUUGUCAAGGAAUUUAAGAAAGAGUCUGGGGUCGAUCUGAUGAAAGACAGCAUGGGGCUUCAGCGAGUCCGAGAGGCUGCUGAGAAGGCCAAGUGUGAGCUGUCCUCUUCACUGCAGACUGACAUCAACCUUCCCUAUCUGACGAUGGAUGCUUCUGGUCCCAAACAUCUCAACAUGAAGCUGACUCGCUCUCAGUUUGAAGGCAUUGUGGGGGAUUUGAUCCGACGCACUGUGGCUCCCUGUCAAAAGGCCAUGCAGGAUGCAGAGGUUUCCAAGGGUGAUAUCGGAGAGGUGCUGCUGGUUGGAGGCAUGAGCCGAAUGCCCAAGGUCCAACAAACUGUUCAGGAUCUGUUCGGUCGUGCUCCCAGCAAGUCUGUCAAUCCCGAUGAGGCCGUUGCCAUAGGAGCAGCCAUCCAGGGCGGGGUUUUGGCCGGGGAUGUCACUGAUGUGCUGCUGUUAGAUGUGACACCGUUGUCUCUGGGUAUUGAGACCCUUGGUGGAGUCUUCACCAAACUCAUCAACAGGAAUACCACAAUUCCCACCAAGAAGAGCCAGGUGUUCUCCACAGCAGCUGAUGGACAGACUCAGGUAGAGAUCAAGGUGUGUCAGGGAGAAAGAGAGAUGGCAGCAGACAACAAGGUGCUGGGUCAGUUCACUUUGGUGGGAAUCCCCCCUGCUCCCCGUGGUGUUCCCCAGGUUGAGGUCACUUUUGAUAUCGACGCCAAUGGCAUCGUCCACGUCUCCGCCAAGGACAAGGGGACAGGCCGAGAACAGCAGAUUGUGAUCCAGUCAUCAGGGGGUCUCAGUAAAGAUGACAUUGAGAACAUGAUCAAAAAUGCUGAGAAGUACGCAGAGGAGGACAUGAGAAGAAAGGACCGAGUGGAGGCAGUUAACAUGGCUGAGGGGAUUGUCCAUGACACAGAAGCCAAGAUGGAGGAGUUCAAGGAACAGCUUCCAGCUGAUGAGUGCACCAAGCUGAAGGAGGAGAUCUCAAAGGUCCGGGAUCUUCUGGCCAACAAGGACUCUGAAACAGGAGAGAAUAUCAAACAGGCAGCCACCACACUGCAGCAGGCGUCCCUUAAACUCUUUGAAAUGGCCUACAAGAAGAUGGCGGCAGAGCGCGAUGGAGGCGGCAGCAGCAGCAGCAGCAGCGGCAGCAGCAGCUCAGAGGGAGAGAAGAAAGAAGGCCAGCAGUAGAUCUCUGCAAUCGUCACUGGGGUUCCAUGACAUCUGAAGACGUACUGGCUCAGCAGUGGACUGGGUGGGGAGGGAGGAAGUCAUGAGUGACGAGCUGAAUCUUACUCGUAAUAUAUUAUUCUACUGUGUUUUGGCAGUAAAAUUCUUUAGUAAAAAGAUGUCUAACGUAUUCUCUUGUGUCCUAUGCUGUCCUGUCAGUCAUUUAAUUGUAAUGUAUGUUUCUUUUUACAAAGCUGUCCAUUUACAUUCUGAGGUAAAGUUUAUUUUUUGUGUGCAACAUACCAUGUAGGUUUCAUGUUCUUUGCUCAGUCAUCUGAAGCUUGUACACCAGGGAGUCCUGCUUCUGUACAGCUAUUUGGUUUACAUAGCUCACCUACAACAACUUUUAAGUGGAAAGUUAUAGUUAACAAUCUGUGUUAAGAUGCGGUCAUGCUUUCAUUUUUGUUUUCUAGAUUUAAUGAAUGCAAGUCUUACAUCUUUGAGAAAAUCCAUCUUCAGUUUCUCUCCAUCCCUCUUUUAAAUCAUUCAUGUAGAAUAGAUGACUUAUGGACUCUUUAGACAUUUAUGAAUACAACGGACCCUAGUUAAUUUGUGAAUGUUGCAUUGCGCAAUGGAGAAUGAGAGCUUCUGAUUUGAGAAGGUUAACUGGAGGAAGAGGUGUUUGAUCUUGAAAGGUCCUGAUAGUGCAGCUGUGUCAUUCCCCUCCAGUAGGAUGUAGUGUUUCUGCCAUAAACCACUGACUAAUGGGAUUCUGACACAUUACAUUACCAACAUGACUGGCUGAGUAUUACAGCAUGUAUGACAUACAACAAGGAAUGAGGCAGUAACCGAUUGAACCAUAUUUUUAUUUUACUGCAUUGAGAAUGAAUGGUUACGAUAACUUGUCUUUUUGAAUAAAAUCUUAAAUGUGA